GAUAUUCAAAGGAGGAGGGGUGUAUCCGCACCCGUCGCAAACCAUGAGGGGUCAAAGUGAAAAUUUCCCUAAAAACUAUCACAUGAUCCCAUGUAAUUUUUUAUGUACUGUACCAUUAGAUACAUACAUCUGUUGAUCAUAAAUGUACAAAAACCAUAUUACUCUACUUAUAUCAGUUUUUUAUUUUCUUUCCUCUCUUGUACACAUGUAAACACAUACAGUUAAUGUAUAAUUGUAUAAUAUAUAGAUGAAGAUACUAAUUGAAAUUUUUACCAACAUACCUAAAUCACAAAUUAUCAUUAUUUUUUGUUCUUGUUUAAUUUUUUUUUUCUUUUGUUAGUUUUGAGACAAUUUUUUAGAUUAUUAAUUCAUUUUAACAAGAGGAGUGAAAAAAAAAAAUAUUAUGUCCAAAACCAUGUAAAAAAAAUUCGCUAAAGCAAAAAAUAAUUCAACAUAGAGAGUUUUAUAAAUAAAAAAAAGUGUCUGCAAGAGAUAAUACUCUAAAGGCGGGACCGACUUAAAAUUUUUCAGAGUUUUUUGUAUCACACCAAAUAAGGAUUUGUAUCGUAACCUUCGUAUGUAUCCAAGGCCCAUCUUUCAUCUUUGCAAUAUUAUGACCCAGACAUGCCAUGAUGCCGAGGUCCACGAGGAGCUGUAAAUUUCAUUCACUACACUAUUUUGUCUUUUCAAAUUUUUGUUUUUAAUGAUUCCGAAUUAUGACCGUUGCCCACAGUCCACACACCCUUCCUCACAUUGUCUAUUCUUGAAAGACCUGAUGCCAGUCCACGAACGGCCCACGAUCAAUAAACAUAAAUCCUACCGUAGACUCAAAAGCAGCAGAUUUAAACUCCCCCAUUGUGCUCCACACCUCUCAAUGCACCGCCUCCCACCAAAUCAUCUUCAAAUUUUAAACUCACACAAAAACCUUCUAGCCGUUAAGCAAGCUCGCUCUCUCUCUCUCUCUCUCUCUCUCUCUCUCUCUCUCUCUCUCUCUCUCUCUCUCUCUCUCUCUGAAGAGGGACAAUUCCCUAUCCUCUUUCCCUAUCCAAUUUUAAACCCAACUCAAAACCAAAGCUUUCCUUCUCUAUUUUGUUUUCUGUUUUUUUUUUUUUUCCCCUUUUUUGGAUCAAGAUUUCCUUCUCUAAGCCUCCCUAGUCCCUCGCAUACCCACGUCAGAUUUUUUCAACAAAAGCGAGAGAAAGACAAUGAAGACAAUGAAGGGGAAGCUACUGAAGAAAUUGAAGUCCAUUAAGCCGAUUGGGUACUUAAAACCAGACCGAGUUCUUCAAGUUUAUGCAUCAGAUGGAUUCUUGGAGAAUUACUUUCCCACGAAAUCCAAUUCGAAAGCCGAAACCAACACGAUUCACAAAGAAGAGGAUGCAAACAUUGUCAACCAGAGCACUGGUACGGUGCAAGAACCCAAGAUUAUCGAUGUUUCGGAGCUGAUGAGAGAUCUUGAAUCCGAAGAAACGGAAAUGGACAACGAAAUCGACGACAAAGAGAACAUUAGGCCCGGAACGGAGGCGAAAAACCCAAUUGUUGUUCCGAUAGAUAUGUCAAGAAAAUUAGAAGCCAUAAAGGAAUUCGAGGAAUUACGGAAUGGGGAUUCCAAGAACAUCCCUUUAUCGGAAAUUAAUGUCGAAAAUUUCAGAAGGCCGGACUUGAAUUCAUGCAGCCUUUUUGAUCCGAACCUCCUCGCGGCAUUUGAGCAGGCAGUGAUGGAGGUUAAGGCCCAAGAAGCUGAGAGAAGAGCCAGAAUGCGGGAAACUAAUCCCGAAAACAUCAAGGAAGAAGACGAAGAAAAUCGUCCGUUUAAAGCCCGUAAAAUCGAAGAAAACAGAGAUCCUCUGUUAGAUAUUCAAGAAAACAGAGAUCCUCUGUUGGAAUUGGAAGAAAAUAGAGAUCCCCUGUUAGAUUUCGAAGAAAGAUGUCCUCCGGGCGGAACCGAUUCAGUAGUACUCUACACGACAGGGCUCCGAGGGAUCCGAAAGACAUUCGAAGACUGCAACAGCAUCAAAUUCUUACUCGACAGCUUUCGGGUAUUGUAUUCAGAAAGGGACAUUUCGAUGCACUCUAUUUUCAGGGAAGAGCUAUGGAUGACUCUGGGGGGUAAAAUAGUCCCACCAAGGCUGUUCAUCAAAGGGAGGUACAUUGGCGGGGCUGAAGUGGUAUUGACUUUGCAUGAGCAAGGGAAGCUCCGGCCGCUCUUCGAGGGCGUCCCGGUAGACUGGUCCGAAGGCCCGUGCGACGGGUGCGCCGGAUUCCAGUUUGUGGUGUGUUCUAACUGCAAUGGGAGCCAUAAGGUGGUUUCCAACGUGGCAGCCGCGUCGUCGGAAGAUUGCCCGGAGUGUAAUGAGAAUGGGUUGAUCAUAUGCCCCCUUUGUUGCUAAAUUGGUCAUCCUGUUUCUGUGUGUUCUAAUAUAUUUUUUCCAGGAUGUUUUUGUUAUCACUAUUCUUUGAAAUAUUUGGUGUAGUUCAUAUUGAUAUAUGUACUAAAUUGGUGUAUGCUUUAAAAUAAAAGGGAUUUCUCUCUCCUCUUCGGUAAGAGAAAUGCUUCUUGAAGUGGGUAUUUUUGAUCUAUUUGGUAUAUUC